AUGAGGAAUGUGAAUGGUAUUGUGAUACCGUCAACGAUUCGUAUUUGUGCACAACUGAUAAAGUGUCCUAAAAUUGUGAACCGUUCGAAACCAAACAAAUAUUCACACUGUGGUGUCGAUUUAUCAGCGAUCAAUCAGCUAUCAAUAUCCUACUACUAUGAUGUUGAGCCGUCAACAUUAAAAUGCGAAAAGCUGUCUGAUCCAUUCGAGAUUCUCACACUUUGCUUCGACACU